AUGUUGGGUGAAGCAGGUGCUGGUAAAACAGCUAUUAUUGAGGGAUUGGCUCUUAUAAUUGCUAAUGGAGACGUUCAUAUCUUCCUUGUGGGAGGUUCUGAUCCACUGCAAUUUAUGCUACAGGUUAGAGCUCUUUGUGAGAAGGCAAAGGAGAUUCUGAUGGAGGAAAGCAAUGUUCAGCCUGUAAAGAGUCCUGUUACUAUAUGCGGUGAUAUUCAUGGACAAUUUCAUGAUCUUGCUGAACUCUUCCGAAUCGGUGGAAAGUGUCCAGAUACGAACUACUUGUUUAUGGGAGAUUAUGUUGACCGUGGUUACUACUCUAUCGAAACUGUCACACUUUUGGUGGCUUUAAAAGUUCGAUAUCCUCAGAGGAUCACCAUUCUCAGAGGAAACCAUGAAAGCCGAUUACUCAAGUUUUCAUCGAUCAACCUACCGGCCGGUCUCAUCGAUCCAGGCAUUGCUGGCCUUGCGAUCAGGUACGGGCUUACUCUGAACACGCUGCAAGCACAGGUGAAAUAUGCGCCGCAGCUGCCCUUCGUUCUGACCAUGAGGCUGUCAUCACAAGAAUUCAAUAAAUCAAGGGAGUGCUACACUAUUGCCUAUUGA